UUUUUUUACAGACCAGAUGUGAUGAUGACAGGAAAGAUUGAGAAAACCUGGCUCAGUAGGACACAUGAAAUAUUAAAAGAUGUACGCUGGACCUAUGUUGGAACUCGUAGUGGGGUGUUUAGAAGCUUCCCGGGACAUCGGUCAAGAAGAAACUAUGAUCCCACUAAACGGCCAUGGUACCAGCGUACCCUUGUGAGUCCUGCCAAGACUUCAGUAUCCAAUGCUUACAUGGAUGCUAGUGGUAUAGGGAAAGUUGUGACUGUCUCACAAGCUGUCUUUCAAGGUAUUCCAUCUGAUCAAGAUAUGUUGUCUAUCAACUGCACAGAAGAUCACAAUAUCAGGGGAGGAUGCCCAUGUACCAGCAACACCCAGUGCUUGUCUGGAAAAUGCAGAACCUACUCCAACAACAAGCAAGUAUGUGCUGGAGACCAUGUAGAAGCAGUCACAGCACUUGAUAUCCUAUACAGUGACUUCCACAAGCGUGUCUAUGACCUGAUGAAAGAUCCUGAUGGAGAGAGAUCUUGCGAUCAAAACUACACCUGUGCUGAUGGUAUCCACACAUGUCAGACCAAGUGCUACUUGAUUGACAGCCUUGCAAACCUAGUAACUGACCCUAGCUUUCUGACAGUCAGUACCACAGAUGAGAGAGAGUACCAGAGAGUUUCUCUUGGGAGGAAGGAGGGAGAUAUAAUGAAGCUGUUGAUUCAGAGAGGCUUCUUUGAACAGAACCUCAGGGUGGACUUUCAGGGUGUGUGUAGUGUGUCACCCUAUGCACCAAAGGUUACACUUGAUGGGCUGAUCAAGACUCCUGAGCAAGAGGAUGACUAUUACAAGAACAAGGGACCAAUACCUCCAUUCAGGAAUGAGUUUGGCUGCAUACAGGAUGUGGUAGGAUACUCUUCUAAUGACAAGGCUCUUGGAGCAGGAAGAAUCAUUUCUGGCAUGGUGGAUGGUCCAUGCCGAGAUGGCAAAUAUUACUUAGCAGGGCUCCCACAAACGAACCUAUACCUGUUGGUCGUAGAGAACUGGAGUGAUUACAGGCAGUCCUAUUUUUAUAACUUUAACUGCCACAUUAGCAACAAGGUGUAUGACGCAGGAGCAUUCCGAAUAGUUAAUGGCACCUGCGCACAUAUUGAGGUAACAGAACCUCUUGACAACAAAAAGAAAUGCCCUGCAUUAAUGAAUGUCGAACUAAAAUGUAGUUAUAAUUCUGCUGCAAUGUUAGGGUUUAUUCCUAGUAGUAUUAUUACAGUUUUCAAUUUGAUUAUCUUUUACUUCAUUCAUUCCUAAGAAGUGUUGCAUGAGUCAUCACAUAUACGUUGUGGACUCGUUGGUUGAAAGUUUGUGUCUUACCAUCAGACGGCCUUAUCACAUUGUUGCAUUGUCAACAGGACUUCAGUACUGAGAACCAACACAGUUAUUAAUUGAACCAACACAGACUUUAAUUGGCCCAUGAAAAAAUAGUAAAUAAUUAAAUUAUAAUAGGUCGUGAAUCAUAGACAGUAAUUCCAAUAUUUUUUUCUUUCUUUUGUUCAUUAUGUUAAUUUUUUCAUUUUUACUGUUACUCAUCUCUAAUUGCAAGGAAAAAAACCUUUUAACGACCCUGCAUGAUGAAUAAAAUGUAAAAGAUACCAGGUAACAGAGUCUGAAAUGUCUGGUACUAAAUCUAAUUUUGACUCUGUUAUCUUAUCAUCUUUUAUAUWUUUUAUUCAUUCUGGCUUUUAUUCUGGCUAAGUAAAAUUACACUUUUGUCUUGUCAAAGCCAACAAAAAUUAUAAAAUUACAACAUAAUAUAUAGACCCAUUUUAAGAUUAAAAAGAAAAUCAUAGCUUAUUGAACUUAUUGAACUACUUCAAAAACUUAGGUAUAGUUCRCAAACCUUUGGUUGAAGUAGAGUGACCAAAUACCUUGUGAACAUUAACUUUUAUACUUUUAAUAGUCGUUUGUACAGUAAUGUCAUGCACAGUGAGGUUUGUACGUCACUGCCAUGCCCAGUAGGUGCAAAUAAUAGGUCGUUGAUGAUCGUACAUGAGAUUGACCUUGAUGAGGCUCUAAGUCCUCAUCUAAACUUGGAUGCACCUCUAUCUCUGAUAAGGUCAUCCUUUAUAGGGUUUAAAGGUCCAUGCAUGUGACAUGUGUAAUCGCUCCAAUUGGUUCAAAUGCUCAUUAAUCAUUCAUGAGUUUUUGAAUUAAAUAUAAAAUCAUAGCUUAUUGGUGAAACAAUUGGGAUAUUACCCAAAUUAUGUAACCAUUUUAUCAUAUUUCCAAAACCAAGAUAAAACAUUACAUGCUUUAAGAACAUGCAAUAUGGUAUGAUUGUGAUGUGUCUUACAGAUAUCUGGAAAAAGGGUUCUGGAAAAAAUUUGCAGUCACAUCAAUGCACUAGUUUUCAACAUUUAUGAAAUCAACUAAUUCAUAAUACUCUUUUGUUUUUAAUUGAUUUUUAUAAACUUAUUUCAAAAUUUCCCCUACUCAAAAUAUUAUAAUCAUUACAACAUUACUGUACAAAAUACAUUUUUAAUAAACAUCAGUUGUGAUUCAUACAUAAAUUAAACACUUGUUUUAUAAUAGGUAAGGAUAUAUGUAUACUGUUUGAAUGAAUGGAAUUAUAAAGUGGUUCGUUGACAUAUACUUUAAUUUAGUUUUAAAAUACGGUAACAUAUUUCUUAAAGUGACUCUAAACGUGGGCGAAAUGGCUUGGGCGAGUUGGCAAACGCAUGAUUGAUGAUUUUAUGUGUGGGCGACUUGGCGUGGGCGAGUUGGUUCGUGGGCGAGUUGGUUCGUGGGCGAGUUGGUUC